CCGUCGAUUGACCCAGCAUCAGUGCGAGGUAAAGACUAUAAACACCCCGUGGCCACAGCGAUGCAACUCGGAAAUGCUGCCAAAGUCGAAAUGUUACGAGCGGCCUACGAGUGGCGACAGGAAUUUGAUGCGGCCAAACACGGGGCUGAAGUUGCAGCUCGCCAGUCCGACCUGAAUUGGGCUAAGGAACGGUUCUUUUUGGAGCGUGAAGAGGCGCGCAGCAGACUGGCCAUUGAAGCUCGCAAUGAGCGCAAAGCGUUUUGCGAGAAGCUAGUCUUGGAGGGUAAGUCUCCUGAGGAGCUCGAAAAGUACCUUCGCCUCGUGUAUCCAGAGGGAAGUUGAUUUGAUCGACUGUCAUGUCUUCUGCAACACAACACUGUCUUAUCUUUUGUCAAAGUUUGCUUAUGCGAUUGCGGUUACGAUUUGAUCUGUACCCCGGUUACUGUUACUUGACGAUUCAUCUUGGCCUAUUUCCGAUGUUCCCCUUUUUUCUUGGCCUGUUCCUGAUGUUCAGUUUCUUUCUUGUCAGCCUCUUUAUGUGUGUCAAUCUUGUGUAUGUUGCGAUGUUUUUAAGUAGUGUUCUGUCUGUCCCAAAUGUGUCCAAGUUCGGUCCCGCAAUGCAAAGUUAGUAUCAUUCUUUUUC